AUUUACUGACACUUCCGCAUUUCUCACCGACGCUCUUUAAUAAUCAAGCUCGCUGGCUGAACCUGAGAUUAAAGAUUUGUUUUCAGGUGUUGUGUUAAACUACCGAUAUUAAAGUGAGAUGCAGGGCUUAAGAAAUGUGUUCCGGUGCGCCUGGUCCUCUGCUGAGAGGCUGGAUGGGAAAACUGUGGUCAUCACUGGUGCCAACACGGGGAUUGGUAAAGAGACAGCCAUAGACCUGGCGAAGAGAGGGGCAAAGGUCAUCAUGGCGUGCCGGGAUGCAGAGAGAGGGCAGGCGGCUGUGAAGGAAGUCGUCGAGGGCUCAGGGAACCAAAAUAUCGUUUUCAUGAAACUGGACUUGGCGGACUCCAAGUCCAUCAGAGAGUUUGCUGAAGCCGUCAACAAAGACGAGCCAAAGCUGGACAUCCUCAUCAACAACGCUGGUGUGAUGGUCUGUCCUUAUGGGAAGACGGCAGAUGGAUUUGAGAUGCAGUUCGGUGUCAAUCAUCUGGGUCACUUCUUGUUGACAUAUCUGCUGCUUGACCUGAUCAAGAAGUCAGCACCAGCCAGGAUCAUCACUGUUUCCUCCUUGGCUCACAGCUGGGGCUCCAUGAAACUCGAUGACCUCAACAGCGAGAAGAAAUACGACAAGAACGCUGCGUACUCUCAGAGCAAGCUCGCCAACGUCCUCUUCAGCCACUCCCUGGCCAAGCGACUAGAAGGCACAGGUGUCACGACAUAUUCCCUCCAUCCCGGAGUCGUCAAGACGGAUUUAUGGCGUCAUCUGAAUGGCCCUCAGCAGGUUCUCAUGAAGAUGGCCAGUCCUUUCACCAAAAACUCGUCCCAGGGUGCUCAGACGUCCAUCUACUGUGCGGUGGAGCCAUCACUGGAGAAAGAGAGCGGUGGAUACUACAGCGACUGCGCUCCUGCUAAAUGCUCAUCAGAGGGCAAAGACGACGUGGUGGCACAGAAGUUGUGGGAGUUGAGCUGCCAGUUGCUGUCGAUAACUUGGGAAUGAGGCGGCCUGCAUGAAAUACACAAUGCUUCACUCAACAGAUGGCGGAAUGUCUUUACUUACUGAUGCAGUAAAUCUUCUUUUCUAAGAAUUAAUGUGAACUAUUAACACAUUUAGAACCAACAUACUAACAAAGUAUACAUAUAUAUGUGAAACUUUACAACUCCGAUUGAGAGAUAAUCUGAAUCAAACACUUUUCUAUCUAUUUGUCUGAAUGCUUUGUGGUGGAUUUUUAGGUAUAAUUGUGGAAUCACUCUGAGAAAAAGAUUUUGUAAUGAGUUAGACUAGAGUUAUGUACAUGGUAAAUGUCUCCAAUGUCGGUAUAUUUUCUUAUUAAGUAUUACUUAAAGAACCAAGUUGGCACCAGCUGCCCCUCCUCCAGAGAAACCUUAGGACCUAACCUCCUUUUUGAACUACAGAAAUAAAUACUACCUUGAAUAACUUUAUUACCACCGUGUGAUCUCCGGUUGACUCCGGUUGAAGUCAAUAAAACAAAGAAAACCAA